GGGUUGCAAAUAAGGAUGGCUGCACCUAUAAUUGGCAUAAGUAAGUGGGAUAAGAUUGACGAGAUUCAUAAAGCCCCAAUCAUUCAGGCAGUUCGGGAUAAAUUUGAGAUUGUUGAUUAUGAUGAGGAUAAAGAGGUUCGGAAAGCAAUCGACAAGAAGUGUAAAACCCUUUACAAAAGUUGGCGUAACAAGAUGAAGACGCAUUACUCAAAGUUGGUAGAAGCUGGUGUUGACCCUUACACUAAGCCAUACAAAGGGGUUGACCAUGAGGCUUGGGUAUACAUGAUUAAUCAUGUAUGGCUUAAUAGCGAUCAUCAGGAAUUGGCUGAAAAAGGGAGGAAUAGUCGAUCGAAAUUACCAUAUAAUCAUACAAUGGGCUCUAAGUCAUUUCAAGCUGCAAUGUAUAAAGAGGGUACUGCGAAGGUUGACAUUGUAGACUUCUACAAAGAUUCCCAUUGGAGCAAGAGAAAUGCAGAUUGGAUAGCUCCAAUAUGUGGUGAAUUACAUGAAGCUUUGAAAAAACGACGUGAAGAGUCUUUGAAGCCUGGGGCAAUACCUUUAACUCAGGAGCAGCUGUCAAUUGAAGUUCUUGGAACGAGUAAAUCAGGAUACAUAAAGGGCUUCGGAGUUGGUCGAAACCCAUCCUCAUCCAAAUCUUCUGUUAGUACACAAGCACAUGUUGAGGUGGUUUCGAGCCUACAAGAACAAAUAGAGUCAUUGAAGAAUUUGGCUGAGGUCCAGCAAGAACAAAUUGCAGCCCAGAACUUGGUAACACAAGAGCAAGCUAGAAAGAUUGAAAUGCAAAACAAAAGGUUUGAAGAGAUUGAAAAGUUUAUGAGGAUGCACAAGGAUAAGGCAGACAUGCAGGUUUAUGAAGAGGAUUGUUCAUCGGAGGAAUUUUAUUGA